CAAAACGAAAGAAGUCUUGUUUAUAGUUCACAAGCAGCCUCAUACCCAGCAUUGUUUGGGAAUUCAAAGAAACCAGAAAAUCAGAGCCAUUUCGAAAUUGAUUCAAAUGGUGUCCAGUGGAGUCCAAACAAAGAUCUCAGGAACCAUCAUGCAGAAUUACAGGAUUUUAAGAGGAAAGUUAGGGCGCGGAUAAGACUGGAAUCCACUCCCCUCUGCCCAUGGGAAGAGCCUCUGUUGGCACAGCUACUAAGUCCCUCUGGAACCAGCCAAGCCACGUCUAUGUUGGCAUCCAGUAGAAUGCUGUAAUGCUGUCUUAGAACUUGUGGUCUUUGCAAAGCCUGAAAGGGCUCCUUUAUGCAAAGCGGACUCAAAACAUACAAGCCGUAGGUUUUGUGGAUUUCCUGGAAGGAUAUAAAGGACGCUGGAGCCAUGCUCAAUUGGAACAAUGAUAUCAACAUGUCACUGAGACUGAUCUCGCCAGAGGAGAUGCAGUUUGAUCCUGCUGCGGUCCAACCAUCUCCAGCAAGGCAUAAAAUCCUCACGGAAUCCACAAGUAAAAAUGCUUCACCCACCCCUGGGAGCAAUGGCAACGACGAAGCAGCGUUUAUUCGGAAGCAGAAACUGGAGAUCCAGCGCCGUAUCAUCGAAAAGAAGCAACGGCGCAAGCGCCAGGAGCCGCUCAUGGUCCAGGCCAACACGGAGGCCAAGGUGAAGGGGCGCCGUGGGAGGCGCAAGCCGGAGGAACGCAUCCCACUCAUGGAGUCUUGCAGUGAGCAUAGCCUGUGCAAUAGUACAAGCAACCCUUUCCUCGUGGAAUCGGUCCCAGAGGCCCACCUUGGCGCUCAUGUGUGGGGUAGCUCUGUGCAGAUGAACCGGACGCACAAUGGCCAAGGGGAAUGCCAGGAACCCUUUCCAGAUUUCUUUGAUGAGGCCCAGCUGGAGGAGGAGCUGGAAGUGGCCAUUUUGGAAGAAACCCAGCCUAUCAACAGGAACGAAUCAGCUCCCAAGAACGGCUGGCAGGCCAAACAGAGAGAAGGGCACCCCAACGCCCAGCGACAUAGCCAGGCUUCCAGGUCAAAGAAGGAAGUCUUAUCCUUCAGAGAGGCUGUUCCGUCUAACAUUGUAGACAUGGAAGGCGAGGCUCCUGGCUGCGAGUUCCAGGCACCCCAGUUGGAAAAGGAAGCCUCAUCCCCAAUACAGAAAGCUCCAUCCAUCAUCAUGGAUAUGGAAGACCAUUUCGAGAAUGAACCGCAGAGAGAAGACAUGGACCUAGAAUCUACAGGGUCCAAGGAUACCACUGGCGAAGCCUGCCAUGUCGACACACUGCUCAGCAAUUCUGACAGUGAGGGGGAGUCAUCCCAGGAGUUGACAGUCCCACCCUCACCCAUGAAAAAACCCCGGGACAGGAUGCUUGCACACAGAGGGUCUCUCACCAAUGGAAGGAGGAGCCAGAGUGAGGAAGACGAAGACGACGAAGAGAAGGAUGACGAAGAUGAAGACUUCAAGGACAAGGAUCAAGACAUCCUUAUGUACUUCCGUGAGGAAAUUGACUCGGCCACCUCUCCCAGUGAAGAAUGUAGCACCCCUUUGUCCCUCAAUCUGGAUGACCUAGAAGAAUUUGUACUGAAACCCGCUCCUCAAGGCAGUACAAUCCAGUGUCGCAUCACACGGGACCGGAAGGGGAUGGACAAGGGCAUCUUCCCCUUCUACUACCUGCAUCUGGAGAUGGAAAACGGCAAGAAGCGAUUCAUUAUGUCUGGGCGGAAGAGGAAGAAAAGCAAGACUUCCAACUACCUCAUUUCACUGGACCCCAUUGAUCUGUCAAGGGAUGGAGAUAACUACAUUGGGAAAGUCAGGUCCAACGUACUGGGAACCAAAUUUACCGUGUUUGACAAUGGGAUGAACCCGGAUAAAAAACCUUUUGUUCCAGAAACAGCCCAGCUGCGGCAAGAGCUGGUAGCCAUUUGCUACGAAACCAAUGUGCUGGGAUUCAGAGGCCCACGGAAAAUGACAGUGAUAAUCCCUGGUGUGGACGUGGACAACGAAAGGAUCUGCAUCCGGCCUAAGAAUGAACAUGAGACCCUCCUGACUCGGUACCAGAACCGGAACAUGCAGAACCUGAUCAAACUCCAGAACAAAAUGCCGGCUUGGAACGAGGAGACCCAGUCCUACGUGCUCAACUUCCGAGGGCGCGUCACACAGGCCUCCGUCAAGAACUUCCAGAUCAUCUCAGAAGAUGACCCUAACUACAUUAUGCUGCAGUUUGGUCGUGUGGCGCCCGAUGUGUUCACCAUGGAUUACCGGUUCCCUCUCUGUGCAGUUCAGGCCUUUGCCAUUUGCCUGUCCAGCUUCGACGGGAAAAUUGCUUGCGAGUAGAGAGCCAUCCCGCUGACUUCUCUGACAUCCAACCUCUGUGGCUUUUGCCCCGGAUUGCCUCCUGCUGCCUCGUAAAACUGGACACAAACUGUUUUGCUUUCAGUAUUGCCCACCUUCUACCUCCAACCUUCCCGUCUUUUGUCAGGCUGGACCUCCACAUGACCUGUUGCCGUCAAGCUGGCAUGUGAUUUCCCCUUUUGCUGCUCCCCAUUCAAAUCCCGACAAGCCAUUUCCUGCCAAAGUAUCUUCACCAUUUCCUGUAGCCCCCAAACCUUCGACUUCAUCUCCAUCUUUCUUGUUUUGAUUCUGAUUUUUUAUUCGCUUUGAAACUCCCCCUGCCCAACCUGAUUUCUGACCUGUGUCACUUAACCUUUGAACCUUGCUACUUUGGUUAAGGCUUGUUAUGUCCUAACUCCCCCCCCACUGCCUCCCCCCCUUCAAAGUAAUUAAUUAAUAUCCAUCUAUGCAAGAAACAUACCAUCUCACCAGAUGUGGACCAAAGCUCCGUUAUUGAAGAAACAACAAAGCACUUGAAGAAACAGCAACUUCUGCCAGCUUCAUGAAUUCAGAACAAGGGAAGGGGCAGCCAUUUUGAAACUAUGGGCUGAAGCUGCAACCCCACCUAUUUUCCCUUCUCUAUCAAAUUGGGUAAUAGAUUGGAAAUAAAGCUUACCCAGAGAUCA